GUUUAUUGGGAUUUUACAUCAAACUCAUUUAAACAGUUUCAUUAAGCAAACUAUAUUUUAAAUUAACUUAAACAAAAUGUUCAAAUUUGCCGUUGUUAUCUUCGCUGUUAUUGCCUGUGCUGCCGCCAAGCCCGGUUUUAUUGGUGCUCCUUUGGCUUACACUGCUCCCGCUGCCGUUGUUGCUGCCCCAGCUCCCGUAGUCACUGCCACCAGUAGCCAAGUUAUUGCCCGCAACUAUAAUGGUAUUGCUACCGCUCCCAUUGUAGCUCCUGUAGCUGCUCCCGUUGUUGCCAAAUAUGCUGCUGCCUACACUCAUCCUUUCGCUUACUCUGCACCAGUUGUAGCCAAAUACGCCGCUGCUGCUCCUUUAGCUUACUCCGCUCCUGUUGUAACCAAAUACGCCGCUGCUGCUCCUUUAGCUUACUCUGCUCCAGUUGUUGCUAAAUACGCUGCCGCUUACUCUCAUCCUUUGGCCUACUCAGCUCCUUUGUCUUAUGCCGCUGCCCCUGCUUUGUGUUUCAAAAUGUUCAAAUUUGCCGUUGUUAUCUUCGCUUUGAUUGCCUGCGCUGCUGCCAAACCUGGUCUUGUAGCUCCUUUGGCUUACACUGCUCCCGCUGCCGUAGUAGCUGCACCCGCUGGUGUUGUUACUGCCACCAGCAGCCAAUUCGUUGCCCGCAACCAUAAUGGCAUUGCUUCGGCUCCCGUUGUUGCUCCAGUAGCUGCUCCAGUUGUUGCUAAGACUUUUGCCGCUCCCGUUGUUGCUAAGACUUUUGCCGCCCCCGUUGUUGCUCCUGCUGCCUAUGCUGCUGCUCCUUUUGCUUACUCUGCACCUUUGACUUAUGCUGCUGCCCCAGCUCCAGUUGUGUUUUAAGCAUUUAACUACGGCUUAUUAUGGAUAAUUUAAAGUGAGUGGAAUAAAGAAUGAAAAAAUGAUUAUUUAUUAAAAAAAA